AUGGUGCCAUCACCACGGAGCACAGCUAACGGUAGCUACGGCAAGGCUGAGGACCGAGAGAGACAUGACUAUCGUCGAUCAUCCGGGGAGCCUCAACAACAUCCUGAUUCUGAGGAAGCAGAGAAGAGCCUCUCCACAUCAGAACACCUCAUUAAACACCAGCUAACACUUACAGGGAAGAAACCGCUCCGCUGCUCUGAAUGUGGGAAGAGUUAUUCAAGAUCAGAUUCACUAAAAUUACACCUGAGAAUUCACACAGGUGAGAAGCUUUUCAACUGUGAUCAAUGUGGGAAGAGAUGCACCUCUUCGUCAGAACUUAAAAUACACCAGAGAAUCCACACAGGAGAGAAACCUUAUCGCUGCUCACAGUGUGGCAUGACUUUCUCCAGAUCACAUUCAUUGAAAUCACACCUGAGAAUUCAUACAGGAGAGAAAACCUAUGGCUGUGAUCAAUGUGGGAAGAGUUUUGCUACCUCAGCUAACCUGACUGCACACCAGAGAAUACACACGGGAGAGAAGCAUUACCACUGCUCUGACUGUGGAAUAAACUUAACCACGUCAAGAGGACUAUUACUACACCAGAGAACACACACAGGAGAGCAGCCUUAUAGCUGUUAUCAAUGUGGGAAGAGUUUUGCUCAGUCAAAUAACCUGAUAUCACACCAGAGAACUCACACAGGAGAGCAGCCUUAUAGCUGUGAUCAGUGUGGGAAGAGUUUUACUCAGUCAAAUAACCUGAUAUCACACCAGAGAACUCACACAGGACAGAAGCCCUAUAGCUGUGAUCAGUGUGGGAAGAGUUUUACUCAGUCAACCAACCUUAAAUCCCACCAGAGAACUCACACUGGAGAGAAGCCUUAUAGCUGUGAUCAAUGUGAGAAGAGAUACUCUGAUUUAAGAGAUCUGAUUAAACAUCAGAAAAUGCACACAGUAGAUCCACAGAGAAUGGUAUGUCCAACACCAGACCUGGGUAGUAGAACACAGAGAGUGGAAUGUCCUCCAACACCAGACCUGGGUAGUAGAACACAGAGAGUGGAAUGACCUCCAACAACAGACCUGGGUAGUAGAACACAGAGAGCGGAAUGAAUUCCAACACCAGACCUGGGUAGUAGAACACAGAGAGUGGAAUGUCCAAUACCAGACCUGGGUAGUAGAACACAGAGAGUGGAAUGACCUCCAACACCAGACCUGGGUAGUAGAACACAGAGAGUGGAAUGUCCAACACCAGACAUGGGUAGUAGAACACAGAGAGUGGAAUGUCCAACACCAGACCUGGGUAGUAGAACACAGAGAGUGGAAUGUCCAACACCAGACAUGGGUAGUAGAACACAGAGAGUGGAAUAUCCAACACCAGACCUGGGUAGUAGAACACAGAGAGUGGAAUAUCCAACACCAGACCUGGGUAGUAGAACACAGAGUGUGGAAUGUCCAACACCAGACCUGGGUAGUAGAACACAGAGUGUGGAACAACCUCCAACAACAGACCUGGGUAGUAGAACACAGAGUGUGGAAUGUCCAACACCAGACCUGGGUAGUAGAACACAGAGUGUGGAAUGUCCAACAACAGACCUGGGUAUUAGAACACAGAGCGUUGGCUCGGGUUAGUUGAGAAAUGUGUGUUUGGGGGGAGGGGGUUGGUACCAAUGAUUUAUAUAUAUACACACUAGAUGAGAGGAAUGGGGUGCUGUUUUGAAGCCAUUGCGCCUCCAUUUUGGUACUCCACCACCAUUCUAAAAACUAUUUAGGAAGCUAUAGAAAUUUAUUUAUUCAUGUCUACAUUUGUUGUAUUCUAUCACAGACAACUUCACGCAAACUUUAAAAUGAUAUUAUGUGAACUAAACACAGAGGACUAAUUGAUCUAAAUUGGGGAAGAGAGAUGAGAAACAGAGUGAGAUGUCGGACUCUAAGACGCAUGGAACACAUUUUGGCAUGAACAUUGAGGGUUUCCACCAUUAAAAAGCAGUCAACUGGGUGGGACUUUCCUAUUGGUUAAGGAGGUAUCACAUGAUUCCAUCCAGGUCAUCAACUGGGUGGGACUUUCCUAUUGGUUAAGGAGGUAUCACAUGAUUCCAUCCUGGUCAUCAACUGGGUGGGACUUUCCUAUUGGUUAAGGAAGUAUCACAUGAUUCCAUCCAGGUCAUCAACUGGGUGGGACUUUCCUAUUGGUUAAGGAAGUAUCACAUGAUUCCAUCCAGGUCAUCAACUGGGUGGGACUUUCCUAUUGGUUAAGGAAGUAUCACAUGAUUCCAUCCAGGUCAUCAACUGGGUGGGACUUCCUAUUGGUUAAGGAAGUAUCACAUGAUUCCAUCCAGGUCAUCAACUGGGUCAUCAACAUGAAAGACUGUAAAAACACCAGCUCCAAGUGAUUUUAAUUCAAGAAAUCUGUUCCCAAGUAUUCCCAAGCAUAAUAGAGAGACACGCGGUCGUAUAAAAAUAUGAGCAAGGAGGUCAAUUUGCCAUCUACAAAUUAUUUGUAUUUCUGUUCCGGCCAUUCCGACAUUCCGCUCAAGAAAAAGAAAAAUCGUCAUGCGGCUGAUUCUAGUUGAUGGUCCCUGUCCUAUGGGUUGAGGAAGGAUGACAUGAUUCCAUCCGGGUCAUCGGGAGGAAUCGGCCAAUUAAAAUGAUACUUGCGAGAAAACGUUCCAUAACUGCAGGUUAAAGUUAAAUCACCAACCUUGACUUUAAUAACUGUUCCAACACCACCCCUCUAGGUGGCAGUAUGGUGGCACAUCACCGACCAUGAGCUCACGAAAUUACUCGCCCCCUGCUAAAGAAGCGGUCGUCAGCUGGACGGAGAUGCCCAGCCUUUCAUUCUAAUAGUAAUAUAUCAUGUUGUUGACCUUCACCAGAUGCCCAGCCUUUCAUUCUAAUAGUAAUAUAUCAUGUUGUUGACCUUCACCAGAUGCCCAGCCUUUCAUUCUAAUAGUAAUAUAUCAUGUUGUUGACCUUCACCAGAUGCCCAGCCUUUCAUUCUAAUAGUAAUAUAUCAUGUUGUUGACCUUCACCAGAUGCCCAGCCUUUAACAGGAAAAUAACAGUUGGGAGAGGAAAAGGCUUCUAUUUAAAUGGGGUUCCAUUUCAAGUUGUUGGCACAAAGACGUAUGAAUGCCACCAAGAGGAAAGACAGACAAACAAAAGCCAAAGAGAAAUAUGAGGCUGAAAUUAACAAGAAAACUGUAAUUGCAAAGACACAUCACUGUAAUUUAUACCAUACAUAUUUACAACACUAAUUUCACUUGAAUUAUGUUGAAUUCGUAACUAACAAUAACAUUUUAUAAGAUGGGACUUUAAAAUGGGUUUAUCUUGUUACAGCGCCAACAUCUUGCCAAUCAGUGUAAUUUUGUAAAUGCCAGAUCUCUAUGGCAAGAGCAUCAUUCACCCAAGUUUCGUCAAAAUCAGGCCAGUGCUGUCUGAGAUAUCGCACGUGACUAAGGUACGAACUAACUAACAUACUAAAGUACUAACGGAAUAAAACUGUUCCACAAUUCAUCAAAGGGAACAAUUAAGAGCAGCUUGGCAGGGUUAAGAGCUUUGUUAACCCACUGUUCCUAGACCAGUUAACCCACUG